UGUGUAACCAUUUCCCGUCACGCGUGACUGCAACAAACGUUACACAGCAGGAAUAACAACGCAACAAAAGGACUCUUGUCCCGCAUUAUCGCUACUAGAACCCUUCGCAGCAGCUCAAAUUUACCAUACGGUUUGCAUCAGCAUGGAGUUUAUCAAACAGCUUGCGAUGAUAUCAUUUGCAGUGCUACAGGGAGACGCAAAAGCCACGGAUCCUGUUGUCGCCGUGCGGAAUGGAAGCUACACUGGGCUCCACCUUCCUCAGUUCAAUCAAGACCUUUUCCUCGGGAUGCCUUAUGCCCAAGGUACCGGCGGGGACAACAGAUUUCGUAUUCCGCAAUCUCUCAAUGAGAGUUGGACCGGUACACGCUUCGCCCAAGGCUACGGAAACGCGUGCCCAGACGCAGACGUGGAAAACGAUUCACUGUAUGGUAUGAGUGAGAAUUGUCUGAACAUAAAUGUUGUUCGGCCUGCGGAGACGGAUGACUCUGCGCUCUUGCCUGUGUUGGUCUGGAUCCAUGGUGGCAGCUACCAGGUUGGCACAAGCGGCCUUCCUUAUUACAACAUGACUUACAUUGUCGAAAAUUCUGUGAGAAUCGGAAAACCCAUCAUUGGUGCCAGCUUCAACUACCGAAAAGGGGGAUGGGGGAACAUGUAUUCGGUAGAAAUUCAGGGAACGGGAAACACUAAUCUCGCAUUACGAGAUAUGAGGCAAGCUUUGGCAUGGAUUCAGGAAAACAUCAAGGCCUUUGGCGGUGAUCAAAACUCGGUUACGAUCUGGGGAGAAUCAUCUGGAUCUUUCGCCGUAGGUCAACUGAUGAUGGCUUACGGUGGGCGGACUGAUGGCUUGUUCCACCGCUCCAUCCAAGAAAGCGGCAGUGCUGCAACAGCUUGGUAUAACGGCACUGAAUGGUACCAGCCUAUAUACGACAAGAUAGUGGACCAAGUCAAUUGCAGCAGUGCUGUCGACACACUUUCCUGCCUACGAACCGUUCCUUACGAAAUUCUUUACCCUUUUAUGAAUUCAUCUAUCGUUGGCGGCCCCCGUUUCUACCCCACCGUAGAUGGGGAUAUAAUACCCAACUAUCCGACGGAGCUUCUUCAUUCUGGGCGCUUUGCUCAUAUCCCGCAUCUUUACGGAACCGUCUCAGACGAAGGCACUGACAACGCUCCGGUCGGGAUCAUCAACACAGACGAAGACCUCAAAGCAUUCCUCAUCCACGGCAUCGGCUUCGGCUAUCCCGCCUCCACCGUCGACCGCAUCAUGGAACUGUACCCGGACGACCCCUUCCAAGGCAUCCCACUGAACACCGGCAUCGAGCGCUUCGCAGACAAAGGCCAGCAAUAUAAGCGCAUCGCCGCCAUUCUGGGCGACAUCUUCUACCAUGCCCCACGCCUCGACGACGCGCGCCACUACUUCAAAUACAGCCCGACGUACACCUACCGCUUCAACACGCGGCCCUUCGUCAACAGCACCAACGCCACGCACACGGAUCUUGUCGGUGCACUCGCGCCUGCCUACAAGGGUGUAGAGCAUUUCAGUGAGGUGCCGUUUGUGUUCGCAAAUCCGGCGUUCGUGGGUCCGUGGCCGGAGUACCGUGCCUUGAGCACGCAGAUGAGUACACAGUGGAUCCGAUUUGCGCACACGGGAGAUCCGAAUGGUGAGGGCUUGCCGGUUUGGCCGAAGUAUGGUGAUGGUGAGAGGGGACUGAAUUUGGUGUUGCAAACAGGACAGGCAGGGGGGUGUUAUGUUGAGGAGGAUACGUAUCGCUUGGAGGGGAGAGAAUAUCUGACGGAGUGGGCGAGGAGGAGGCAUGUUUAGGUGAGGUACUUCUAUGCCCUUCUUCCCAUAAAGCUUUCCUUUAGGCUUCCUG